CCUCCUCCUCUGACCUCCUUACGCAGCCGUAUAAGAUUAUUCUCUCCUUGUGUGUAAAUUUCUCAAACUCCUCUGUUCUUCUGUCUCUCUGUAAUCUAACUUUGUUUCGUCACUCGUUGAUUUUGUUUCUUUCUCUGAAUCGUGGACCCUUUUGGACUCCAUCAAUCUUAGGGUUUCGUUCUUCUGUGUAGUGGAAAGAAAAACAAACAUGGGUCAAGCUUUGGGUUGUAUUCAGGUUGAUCAGUCGAAUGUAGCAAUCAAAGAGACUUUUGGGAAAUUUGACGAAGUUCUUGAGCCUGGUUGUCAUUGUCUGCCAUGGUGCUUGGGGAGUCAAGUCGCUGGUCACCUUUCCUUACGUGUUCAACAGCUUGAUGUUCGCUGCGAGACAAAAACUAAGGAUAAUGUGUUUGUCACUGUUGUUGCUUCCAUUCAAUACCGUGCCAAACCGGAGAGUGCUCAAGAUGCUUUUUACAAGCUCAGCAACACGAGGAAUCAGAUUCAAGCUUAUGUCUUUGAUGUGAUUCGAGCAAGUGUACCUAAGCUGGAUCUUGACUCAACCUUUGAGCAAAAGAAUGACAUUGCAAAAACCGUUGAGAAUGAGCUCGAAAAGGCUAUGUCUCAUUACGGGUAUGAGAUUGUUCAGACACUUAUUGUGGAUAUUGAGCCUGAUGUGCACGUCAAGAGGGCAAUGAAUGAGAUCAAUGCUGCUUCUAGAAUGAGAGAGGCAGCAUCUGAGAAAGCUGAGGCAGAGAAGAUUCUGCAGAUCAAGAGAGCCGAGGGAGAAGCUGAAUCGAAAUACCUUUCAGGUAUGGGUAUAGCCCGUCAGAGACAAGCCAUUGUGGACGGUCUGAGAAACAGCGUGCUCGCCUUCUCUGAGUCUGUUCCAGGGACAUCUUCUAAAGACGUGAUGGAUAUGGUUCUGGUGACUCAGUACUUUGACACAUUGAAGGAAAUCGGUGCGUCUUCGAAGUCAAACUCGGUGUUCAUACCUCACGGUCCAGGUGCUGUUAGGGACAUUGCUACACAGAUCAGGGAUGGUCUUCUUCAGGGUAACGCUGCUGAGUAGAGAGAGGUCUCUCAAAGUACAAAAGCUUUUCAGUGGUUUAGAGUUGUGUUUGCUACUUCUAGUUUCUUCUUUAGCGUUUGGUUUUUCAAUCUACGAAAUUUAUAUGGAGUUCCUCAAAUAUGUUUAGGCUUGUUGUGAGACUGGUUUGUGGAUAUGAUUUGGGAUUUGAAAUAUCUGACACACUUCGGGUUUUAGUGUGAUUUAUCAUUUUUUCAUGAUUGUUUUCUAUUAAAGAUAUGUUUUUCAUCUU